CUCACUCGCUCCGCUCCCUGAAGCAACAGAAACCCCGCCGUCCCUGCAGAAUGAGAGUGCCGAUGGCAUUGGUGGUGCUGGCAUGGUGCCUGUGGGAGUCGCAGGCCGUGUGGGUGCAGGACGGCAAUCUCCGCUUCUCUCUGGAGUCUGUGAAGGUCCUGAAGAGCCUCCUGGGGGUCGACUCAUCCCCCAAACCGCACCCCACAAAGGAUGGCCCCUCUGCGGUCUGCACCAACCCCAAACUGCCAGCAGAGUUCCAGCCCGUGUGCCAGAGAGAGGGAGCGGAGUCAGUGUUCUACAGGCUGGUGGAGAUAAUCACCCCGCCAGACCCGUGUGAGAUCUGUGCCAAUGCUGCGUGCACCGGCUGUCUGUAGCAGACUAACCCCGUCCACGUGUUCACCCGAGUCCGUUUCACCAAGCUGGGCACAAGCCCCCGACCACAGCCCUCUGCUCACCAAGGAUGGAGCUGAACAGGAGCCAACAGGAGCCAAACUAU